GAUGGGAACGAGUUGGAGUGAAGCUGGAGGACCAUAUUGCCGAACCAACAAUUUCUUGGGAGGCCAUGUCAAAGGAUGGAUAUGCCAAAUGCUUUAGUGAAUAUUUAUCAAAGAUCUCGUUGGAGGAUCUAACUCGUUCCAAGCCAUUAUGGGAAGUUCAUGUGAUCAAACACUCCACUACCACUGUAGUUUUUAAAGUUCAUCACUCCGUUGGAGAUGGCUACGCUCUCAUGGGUGUUCUUCUCUCUUGUCUGGAAAGAGCUGAUGAUCCCUCUCUCCCUGUGACUUUUCCUUCACUCAAAUCGUCAAAAAUGGAGCCUGAAAGCCGAAACUUGUUCGGGAGAAUUCCCCGCUUCUUAUCCUCUAUCUUCUCUUCUGCAACAUAUUUUGGGUGGAGCUUGCUCAAAAGUACUUUGGUUGAAGAUGAUAAAACACCAAUAAGGUCUGGAAAUAGAUCAGUCGAGCUUCAACCUGCUGCCAUGUUCAAUGUCAAAUUUCCAAUGAACCGUAUUAAAGAAAUGAAGUCCAAGCUUGAAGUGACAGUAAAUGAUGUGAUCACGGGAAUAAUUUCCCUCGGGAUCCGGUUAUACAUGCAAGACGUCGAUCAUUCUUCAAGCACAAAAAAUAGCACCCUUCUGCUAAUACUUAAUACAAGAAAUGUUCAAAGUUACCAGGCAGCCAAAAAUAUGAAAGAGGCUAAAGGGGAGGGUACUUGGGGGAACAAAUUCUCCUUCAUGCAUGUAGCAAUUCCAAAAUUGAAUGACGCCCAAAGUUCAGAUCCACUUCAAUUUGUUAGGAAAGUUCAUCAUACAAUGAAGAAGAGAAACUUUUUAGUUUAUUUACUCCAUGGCACGCUUGUGCAGAUGAAGCAUCGACUCAAAGGCGCUGAGGGAGCGGCUAAACACUUGCACAAGACAUUGAGAAACUCAAGUUGUUUCAUAACGAACAUGGUUUGACCGUUGGAUCAGUUGGCUGUGGCUAAUUAUCCAAUAAAAGACUUUUACUUUACUGGGUCUGGCAUGCCUCAGAGUCUGUUUAUUACCAUAAUAAGCUACAUGGGAACGUUAAGAGUGACAGGUAGAGUGGAAGAAGGAUUCAUAGAUGUGAAGAAAUUGGAGUCGUACGUGAAUGAUGCCUUUCACAUAAUACACAAAGCAGCGCUGGAGAUUCCUGCAGACAAAACCAAAUUCUGAAAAUUAAAUCCUCAUGAACUGAGAAGAAUUAUAAGUGGGAGUGCAAUGUGUUUAUG